GAGAAACUCCCAGGAUGCAUCCCUGUGUUAACUUGCUUCUGAUGGGCGGGACUGGUCAUGGCAAAUCCGCGACUGGUAACUCAAUCUUGGGGAGGAGAGCGUUCAAGACUUCCUCCACAGCAUCUGCAGUGACUUUCGAGAUCGAAGCAGCUAAGUCAGAAAACUUCAACAUCAUCGACGGUCUGCGGAUCGGGGAACCCCGCCCAACCAAACAGGAAGCUGUCGAAAGCGCAAUCAAAGAUAUGACUAUUUCGUUAUCCAUGACCGACGGAUUUCAUGCCAUGCUUUUUGUCUACAACUUCGGCCGUCGGUUCACGAGACAAGAUGAGGACAACGUUGAGUUCCUCAAACAGCUACUGGGUCCUGACGUGUUCCGCAAGUACGGUGUGUGUGUCGUGACGGGAGGGGACAACUUCCGAUCUGCUAUGGAGGAGGAGGAAACCCCGGACACGACGAUCCAGGACUGGUGUGUCAAGCACAACAACAACUUUGCCAGUUUGAUCAAAGAAUGCGGUGGUCGAGUCGUCUUGUUUGACAACCGAUCGAAGGAUCCGAGCACAGUUCGUGACCAGGUGAAAGAGCUGGCGGAGAUGGUGGCCAGGCUCCCUGACAAUGUCCAGCCUUACACUACAGCUCUGUUUGCUGCCAGGAGAGGAGAGCAUAACAGGAUGAUCCUGAAAGCAAAAAAUCCUGAGAUUGAAGAGGAGAUCAGAAGAAAAUGCAACCAGCUUAGAGACUCUUUAGAAAAAGCCAACGUCGACCAGGCUGACGGCCCUCAAGCGCUGGCAGAAUUGAAAAAGAAGGCAAAUCAGCUGAUAGAUGAAAUCGAUGUAAAGGAUCAGGGAACCGGGGUUAUUCAACCUCUCAAGACAAUUGUUCAGUCCUUUCUGCUCACAAUACGAAACAGAGAAACAGCCCUACUCGAAAAGGCCGAAGAAAAACUUCGCGUGGAAAUAAUCGAAAAGAAAAAGGAAUUGAAAGAAACAGAAGAGCUUGCCAAAUACCGGAGAGAAAAGAAAGCAAAGUCGGGUGGUCUUUUGGGGCAUUUUUUCUUUGUUGCAAGAAUUCUUUUUUUCCCUCUUUAUGCGGCAGGCAACUUUUUGAUGUGUUUGAAGCGCAAAUUCUUCUGAAACGGCGACAUAGCAGCUGAAAAGGUGACCAGUAGUUCGGCAUGUCGCACAGCAAAACAUAGAUGCCAAUUUUCCCGAGAUAUCUUGACACUACCAGCCCUCCCCCCCCCCCCCUUUUCCCAUUUUCUUUUCAAGCCUUUUCCGGGAUUUAGAUUAGUCAGCUUAUUUGUUCCUCCAUCCCCCCUCCCGCAACUCUGUCUCGCUUGUCCUCCCUUUGUUUCGUUUUUAUAUAAUGUCUCGCUUCUCCUCCCUUUGUUUCGUUUUUAUAUAAUGUCUCGCUUGACCUCCCUUUGUUUCGUUUUUAUAUAAUGUCUCGCUUGUCCUUCCCUUUAUUUCGUUUUUAUAUAAUGCAGGUGCGCCCAUGCACGCGAGGUUUGUGUUGUGUAUGUAGUUUUUUUUUUUGUUUUUUUUUGAUGUAUUUGUAGUGGUUUUGUAGAUAUUUGCCAUGACUGUAAAGAACAAAGCGAUGCCGGCACCACUUCAAAUAGCUCGCCAGCUACAAAGAGUUAAAUAAAUUACACAUACACAGAUUGCAAAGUGCUGUGUACAUUUUGCUAAUGCAUGUCGACACGACAAUAGACGUCAAGUAUGAUGUUUUCUGAUUGUUUUGUCUAGGUCAGAAAGUUUAACAUUAUUUCACUUUGUCCAUAUUUUAUUGUUUUGGUGGUAAGAGUUUCAUUUUUACCCAUGCAUUCGUUCUGAAGAAUUACACUUAAACACAUAAA